AUGUACUACAUGGAUAAUUUGCCCACUUACAAGCUGGUCGUUGUGGGCGAUUGUAAAACGGGCAAGACCUCAUUGAUAAAUCGACUCCUCACAGGCCGUUUCAAUGCGAAUUCCUACUAUUGGCCGACAAUAAUGCACACUGAACAGGAUCUCGUGUUCCAGACCAAACGUGGACCUGUUCGCUUCAAUGUUUUUGACACCACCGGUGAGCACAAGCAUCCCGUACUGGGCCGCAUGUACCAUAGAGGCAGUGACUGUGCCAUCAUUAUGUGCGAUCUGACCGACGAGGAGACCUGUGACAAUGUGGUCCUGCUGGAACACCCAACUUCGAAUAUGCAGUACUUUGACAUCUCGGUUAGCAGCAACUACUGCUGCUCGGAGCCCUUCAUUCAUCUUUACUAUCAGCUGAUGGGCGAGCGUUUCCAUUUUGUUACUUUGUUGCCGCCAAACGGGCUUGCAGCCAUUCAGGAGGCGGACGAGCCCCAACAGAAAGACGAUCGCGAUUGCGAUUGCGAUAACGAGACGCAUAAGAAAGAAAAAGAUGAUCUUGACAAGAAGAAUGCUAUCAUAGAGAAAGUUAAGAAGUUUCUUAAGGAGAAGAACUGGGCCCUCGGGAUGGACAAAGCCCACUGCGAGGAGUACAACGAGACACUGAAGAAAGACAGCGACGAUCUUGAGGAGCAGAUCGUAAACAAUGAAUAA